AUGGAGAACAAGAGAUGCCACUGAUGUCAGUUAGUACAAGCUUGAGUCCUGAGGACUCAAGAGACACGGGCUCUCGUACUUUAUAUGCAUCAGAUGAUGUCCACCCACAUCUGUGAGCCAUGCCAUGCUACCAGCUCAAAUGUCAGUCUUCUGGAAACACCCUUACAGGCACACCCAGGAAUAACAUUUAUGAUCACUCUGUGCAGCUAAUCCAAGUCAUGUUGACUCAUGAAUUUGAAUAAUCAUAUUAUGCAAUUUCUAAAAACCAGAAUGUUUGCUAAAUUACUUGUCCUGAACUUUCUGGUAAUUCUGGUCUAGGCUUAAGGUUCUAGCUUAGUGAGUGAUGGAACUUGAACCAGUCUCCCCACCCUGAAUCUUUUAGUCUAAAGCUUGGUUCACACCAGGCAGUGUUUUUUAGCAUAGGCAAUAGUCCUCAGUAAUAAUAUUAACCUGCAUUUUGACUGGCUGUCAAGUAAUUUCCUAUGAACCUCUUAUAACACAUGCAGCCACGAAAGAUGACUUCAAGAAUUAUCCAGUCCUUGCAUUUGGGCUCUGAUUUCCUAUAACUAUUUUCUGCUGGUGUUAUAACACAGAACGAAGAAACAAUCCAGGAAAUUUUAAUUGCAUGUUAAUAAUAGGUGCCUGGCCUGAUGAAUUUCAACAUCUGCUUCAGAGUUUGUGUAUUUGCAAGACAAGUUAGAACUGAUACUGUGGGUUUGAACUGAGAAUCAGCCUCACAUUGUGAGAACGGUUGUAUCACCUGUGAGGGUUCUCAGUCUGUACUCAUCCUGUGCCUUUUUAUUCAGCAUUUAUGGAAGUAUUAUAAUUCCUGCAUUGUGAAGAGGCUGGGAUACUAUGGGAUUCAAAGCUCUCUGUUUGGGUCUGUUUUGUGUUAGUUUUUUAUCUUAUAUUUAUACACCCAUACCUGACAACAUUGAAGAAACUUGGAAAGUAAUGGCCUUGGAUGCAGCUGCUAAAACUUGUACACUUCUGGCUCUGUGUCUUGAAAACAUAGGUGUUAUGAGAUAUGAAGAGUUUAUUUCCAUGAUAAUCAGUCUGGACUACACACAACCCCUUUCAGAUAAAUACGUCACAGUAACUGAUACGGACUUUCUUGACAUCCCUGUGCGUUUGUACUUACCAAGGAGGAAGUCGGAAGCCCCAAGACGCGCUGUGAUCUAUUUUCACGGCGGGGGUUUUUGUUUUGGAAGUUUCAAACAGAGAGCCUUCGAUUUCCUGAAUAGAUGCACUGCAAGUGAACUUGAUGCCGUUGUUGUGGGAAUGGACUACAGGCUAGCUCCUCAGCACCACUUUCCUGCACAGUUUGAAGAUGGCGUCACAGCAGUCAAGUUUUUCCUUCAGGACAAAAUUCUUACGAAAUACGGAGUAGAUCCUACCCGAAUUGCUAUCUCAGGAGACAGUUCCGGAGGCACGCUGGCAGCAGCGGUGACUCAGCAGGUGCAGACUGACCCUGAAGUAAAGCAUAAACUCAAGCUGCAAGCCCUACUGUACCCUGGUUUGCAGGUGAUUGACACCUCUUUGCCGUCUCAUCGAGAUAACGAACAUGGCAUAGUCCUAACGAGGGACAUAGCCAUAAAGCUCGUGAGUCUGUUUUUCACCAAGGAUGAGGCGCUUCCACAGGCGAUGAGGAAAAACCAGCACAUGCCUCUAGAGUCCAGACAUCUGUUCAGGUUUGUUAACUGGAGUGCGCUUCUUCCUGACAAAUUCAGAAAGGACCAUGUGUACACCGAGCCUGUGCUGGGGAGAUCGGCUUACUCACUGCCCGCGCUGAUGGAUCACCGAGCAUUGCCCCUGUUAGCCGACGAUGCCCGGUUACAGCAUUUGCCGCGUACAUACAUUCUUACCUGCCAAUAUGAUGUUCUGAGAGAUGAUGGAAUUAUGUAUGUUACAAGACUUCAAAACGUCGGAGUUCAAGUUUUUCACGACCAUGUUGAGGACGGAAUCCAUGGAGCCUUGUCAUAUAUGACAUCGCCAUUUUUCUUACAACAAGGACUGAGGAUAAAAGAUAUGUAUAUCAGUUGGCUGGACAAGAAUUUAUAACUACGGUUUCCCUCAAUGAAGUUUAAUUGUGAAGAUAUUUUAGUUGUGAAAAGAAACAAUAUAAUCUGUGUUGUCUAAACUAGAUUUGAAUCAAUUAAAAGUUACUAUGUGUGCUUCAAUGAA